UGAAAAUGACAACAAACCGUUGGAACAAAACGUCUGCACUUAAUAACAUACAUCAUCUAAAAAUGUCUCGCUCCCACCUGCAAAUUGAGUUCCUUGAACGUCUUACUAUUAAUAGUCGACAUGUCCUCAAGUAUGAAAAUGCUGAAUUGCAAUCGAAAGCUAAAGCAUGUGUCCCCCUUUCCGAUUUGUUAGCUCGGGCUCAACAAAACUGUCCAAACAACUCGAAAUCAGAUUCCAAAGUUCUUCGAGACGCUCUCCUGAUAGAGUUGUUAACCUGGUUCAAAGAGAGUUUCUUUACCUGGUUUGAUGCUGCUCAUUGCAGUACCUGCAACAAGCCUAUGCAAAGUGUUGGAACAGGAGUUCCUAGUGCAGAUGAUCUCCGUUAUGGUGCACACCGGGUUGAAAAUUUCAAGUGCAAUCUCUGUAGUGCUACAGACAGAUUCCCAAGAUACAAUGACCCUGAAAAACUCCUACAAACCAGAAGAGGAAGGUGUGGCGAAUGGGCAAACUGCUUCACUCUCAUUUGCAGGGCCUUGAAGUAUGAUGCCAGAUAUGUCCUAGAUUGGACAGACCAUGUGUGGACAGAAAUAUAUUCUGAAAGACUUAAUAGAUGGCUACACUGUGAUUCCUGUGAAGCAGCUUGGGAUAAGCCCCUACUUUAUGAUGUCGGUUGGGGAAAAAAGUUGAAUUAUGUUAUUGCAUUUUCAAAAGAUGAGGUACAAGAUGUGACGUGGCGCUAUACCCGAAAUCAUGCAGAAGUUAUUAAACGAAGGAAUUUGGUUUCAGAAGAGUGGCUUCUUCAACAAACCAAUAGACUCUCUAGACAGCUUCAGUCAUCAGUUAGUGAUUCUCAAAGAGAACUACUGACUUUACGACUUGUUGGAGAGCUAGCUGAAUUUCUCUUACCUCGAGAAGUCAAAGAGGGUGAGGAGCAAGGUCGAAUAAGUGGCGCUAUUAGUUGGAGACAAACUCGUGGCGAAAUGGGAACGUUUCAACAAGAACACGAGCCGGUCGUUUGGACUCCAACAGAAGCAGAAAUGAGUAACGGGGAAUUCUGCUUAGAAUACAGUGCCAGUCUAGAUAAGUAUGUGCGCCGCUCAGACGGAGACAGCGUAACGGAUAAAUGGUCAAAUGGAGCUUAUCAAGCGGAGUCCGUGUUUCGUAAAACUGAAAGUGAUUGGAAAAUGGCGUAUUUAGCUCGUGUUGAGGGAAGCUCGAAAGCUUGUCUAUCGUGGAAAUUCGAUUUAUCUUCAACCAAUUUAAUGAUUCUUCAAGCGACAGUAUCUUGCCCUGGAACAACUUACGAAGAUGGAGAAAUCUGUUGGAAAAUUAGCUGUUCGGAUCAUUACCAAUUACUGGAAAAUGGUUGUGUUGACUAUGAAAUCGAUUUGAGCGGCUCAACAUAUUGUGUGUUGAGCGUUGAGAUGACUCUUGGACGAGGAGACAACGCCUGGCAACACACCCAAAUAGCACGCCAAUCUACCAAAGACCUAACCCACUUUCCUCUGUCCCUACGGAUUUUCUUCGGUUCACUAGAUUGAAAGAUAGCCCUGUCAACCCUGAGAGUUUUCCACAGUAUUCUAGUGAAAACCAAGAAGAAAAAAAAAAGCUAAUCUGUUUUGUUUUUGUUUUGUACUUCUUCUUGGGAAAAGCCAUUAACCCACUUAGACCUCUCCGCUAAUUGGCGGGGAACAAAAAGAAGGAUCGUGUGAUAUGGAAGCAUUGCCAAAAAUGAUGUACAUCCUAUGGAUCACGUUUUGAGGGAUAGUGUAUGUUGCUGAUUGAAAUUUUGUUGUAUUAACAAAGAAAUUCAGUACUUUA